AUGGUUCAAUCCUCCGUUCUGGGCUUCCCUCGUAUGGGCAAGCUCCGUGACCUCAAGAAGGCCACCGAGGCCUACUGGUCUGGCAAGACCUCCCGCGAUGAGCUCCUCGCCGAGGGCAAGCGUCUCCGUCUGGAGCACUGGAAGAUCCAGAAGGCUGCUGGCGUGGACAUCAUCCCCAGCAAUGACUUUGCUUUCUACGACCAAGUCCUGGACCACAUCCAGCUGUUCGGUGUCGUGCCCGAGCGCUACUCCAAGUACAACCUCCACUCCCUUGACGAGUACUUCGCCAUGGGCCGUGGUCUGCAGAAGGAGGGUGUUGAUGUUCCCAGUCUGGAAAUGGUCAAAUGGUUUGACUCCAACUACCACUACGUCAAGCCCACCCUGCAGGACAACCAGGUCUUCAAGCUCGCUGCCGAGCCCAAGCCCGUGGUUCAGUUCCUCGAGGCCAAGGAGGCCGGCGUCGUGACCCGCCCCGUCAUCCUGGGUCCUGUCUCUUUCCUGACCCUCGGUAAGGCCGACCGUGGCCAGUCCGUUGACCCCAUCUCCAAGCUGGACGAGCUCCUCCCUCUGUACGCAGAGCUCCUGGCCAAGCUGAAGGCUGCCGGUGCUGAGGAUGUCCAGAUUGAUGAGCCCGUCCUGGUCUUCGACCUCCCCGCCAAGUCCAAGGCUGCUUUCAAGCCCGCCUACGAGAAGCUGGGCAACCUCGGUGACAAGGCUCCCCGUCUGACCCUGGCUACCUACUUCGGUGACAUCGUCCACAACAUCGAUGUCCUCCCUGCGCUGCACAACCUCCACGGUAUCCACGUGGAUCUCGUCCGCAACCCCGAGCAGCUCGACACUGUUGUCGCUGCCCUGGGCCCCAAGCAGAUUCUGUCUGCCGGUGUCGUUGAUGGCCGUAACAUCUGGAAGACCAACUUCAAGACCGCCAUCGAGAAGGUCGAGGCUGCCAUUCAGAAGCUCGGCAAAGACCGCGUCAUCGUGGCCACCUCCAGCUCCCUGCUUCACGUUCCCCACACUCUGGAGAACGAGAAGAAGCUCGACGAGGAGAUCCGUGACUGGUUCAGCUUUGCUGUUGAGAAGCUCUCCGAGGUUGUCGUGAUCUCCAAGGCCGUCACCGAGGGCCCCGCCGCUGUCAAGGAGCAGCUCGAGGCCAACGCCAAGUCUGUUCAGAGCCGUGCCAGCUCCAAGCGCACCAACGAUCCCGCUGUCAAGGCCCGCCAGGAGGCUGUCACCCCCGAGAUGCACAACCGCAAGUCUCCUUUCGCUACUCGUAUUGCUGAGCAGAAGAAGAGCAUCAAGCUGCCCCUGUUCCCCACCACCACCAUUGGCAGCUUCCCUCAGACCAAGGAGAUCCGCAUCCAGCGUAACAAGUUCACCAAGGGUGAGAUCACUGCCCAGGAGUACGAGAAGUUCAUCGAGCAGGAGAUCGCCGAGGUUGUCAAGAUCCAGGAGGAGCUUGACCUCGAUGUCCUCGUCCACGGUGAGCCCGAGCGCAACGACAUGGUGCAGUACUUCGGUGAGCGUCUCACCGGUUACGUUUUCACCACCCACGCCUGGGUCCAGAGCUACGGUUCCCGUUGCGUGCGUCCCCCCAUCAUCGUGGGUGACAUCUCUCGCCCGGCUCCCAUGACCGUCAAGGAGUCCAAGUACGCUGUGUCGAUCUCGAAGAAGCCCAUGAAGGGCAUGCUGACUGGCCCCAUCACCUGCCUGCGGUGGUCUUUCCCCCGUGACGAUGUCCACCAGUCCGUCCAGGCUCAGCAGCUCGCUCUUGCUCUCCGCGACGAGGUCAUUGACCUCGAGGCUGCUGGUGUCAAGGUCAUCCAGGUCGAUGAGCCUGCUCUGCGUGAGGGUCUGCCCCUCCGCGCUGGUACUGAGCGUGAGAAGUACAUCAAGUGGGCUGUUGAGGCUUUCCGCCUCUCCACUGCUGGUGUCACCGACGUCACUCAGAUCCACUCUCACUUCUGCUACUCUGAGUUCCAGGACUUCUUCCACGCCAUCGCUGCCCUGGACACCGAUGUUCUGUCCAUCGAGAACAGCAAGUCUGAUGCUAAGCUCCUUAAGGUCUUUGUUGAUGAGAAGUUCCUUGCCCACAUUGGCCCUGGCGUGUUUGAUAUCCACUCUCCGCGUGUUCCUAGCGAGCAGGAGAUCAUCGACCGUGUCUCGGAGAUGCUGCAAUUCCUUACUCCCGAGCAGCUCUGGAUCAACCCCGAUUGCGGUCUGAAGACUCGUGGUUGGACCGAGACUAAGGCUUCUCUCACCAACAUGGUGAACGCUGCUAAGCACUUCCGCAAGCAGCACGCCCAGUAA